UUUUGUAAGGUGGGAAGCUAACUAGGUAUCUGCCUACGUUGGUGCAUUGCAGCAGUGUCUGUUAUAAGUUCAUUCGUUAUUUUCGGUGUUGACUAUUGUGUGUUAUUACUUAAUUAAUGGUAGACUCAGUAGAAAUGAUAUGAUUGGGGUGUUCAAUAAACAAGAGUAUUCUAGAAGUUUUUACUUUGUAGUAGGUAAUAAGAACUUUCAACAACACAUCAUGGAAUAUGGAAAUUGAACACUGUAUCUGAUGAAUAUAAUUGGGAAUAAGUGAAGCAGUUUCAGUGUUCUAUGUCUAUUAAAAGCCAUCAAAAUGAAAGAACUAGCAGCCUGGUACCAAAAAAAGAUUAGUUCAUAUGACAAAGAAGAAUGGGAAACAAUGGUGGAACAGUUGCUGAUGCGGGGGACUUACCGGCGACGCAUUAUAGACUUCACCUCGCACGCGCGCUCCUACCUGAUAGAUGUGGAUCUAGUGAGAGGUUCCUCAUUCCCGAAAGCCAAGCCCACGCUAGGAAUGCGGCGCGUAGUGUGGUUUGCACUAGUUCGCCUCCUUUUCCUGCCAGGGUUGUACCAGUGGUGGGCGCAGCAGACGUCACCAGUGUGUGCCAAGUUCCUCCUUACUGUGUGGUGCCUACAAGUAGUCAAUAUAAUCCUGUAUUUAUUGGCACCGUCGCAGAUCGAUGUUGAUUCAAACUGCUGGAUUGUGCCCGCGGUGUUGAUGUUGGUACUAAGUAUGGUCCACUCGCAAAUCGUCUGCACCACGGAGAUGGAGCUAGCAAGAGUUCGGCCGAGACCUAACUUUAGAAGAAAAUUGCCGCGAUAUUUCAGAUCUCGUUCAGACUGUGAUGGAGGAAGUGGUGGAGCAUCGGCAGAAAGUGCAGCCACUUCUAGCCAAAGUAAAUCACGAAAAGUCAAACCGCCCAAAUACAGACGAAGGCUGUCUAGGAUGGACAUCGCCGAUGCUGGCCCCAGAAAGAGAAGAAAAGACUCAACAAAGGAAAGCCCUAAUGAUCUCAAUAUAAACACCAAAGAUAAAGAGCAGAAGAAAGCGAAGGAUUCAGAUGAUGAAGAAUAUAUGGCUUGGAAGAAGUCGAAUGCUUCGGCGACGGUUACAUUAACACCACCUACUGAAAGUGCAAAACCAUCAUUCAACUAUAAGCCUAACAUUCUAACAAAGAAAUAUUUAGAGAUAUUUAAUGUCCGUCAAUACCAACGAAAUGUUCCUCCAAUAUUGGCUGAUGGUGACGAUGGCUUCGAAAGCCUAAAUGGAUACAAUUCUAGUGAAGGUGACAAUCGAAAUAAAAAUGCACAGAUUAAAAUGAAAACAAAUGAAAAAGAGAAUGUUGUAGCGCCGACACCUGAGAAUAUUGAAACGGCUGAUGCUAAUGACGUAAUAUUUGAAAAAUGUAAGAAAAGUGUCGACAUAGAAGAGAAAUCAGCUGAGGCCGAUUCGGAUAAUGAAGUCACAAGUAGUCCUAAUGUUGGCAAAAGAGCGGGUGUUAGAUUUAGAAAGGCUUGGUCGAAAGAUAAAAUAUCGUUAGUAAAUGAGGAUACUUUUACCCGCGUUCAAGAUAAUCACAAGAAAAUAGAUACUUACCAGUCUUCUUCAUCCGAUGGAGAAUGUUCAGCUUCUGCGCCAUCAAUCGCCCUGCCAUCGCACCAUACCAUGUCUGACUGGGUUGGGCAAAUCACUAACAGCGAGGAGAGUAGCUACGGCUCACCGUCGGAGACGGGCAACUGUGACGACGGCUUUCACCACGCCGCCGAUAGCUCCUGGGAUCCGUUCGCCAUUUUAAAUCCUACUAGCGAUACAGUAAAAUGCACGAUGUGGGAGCGCGGGUCGACGCUGCGCGCGGAACUGUCGGCCGUGGACAUCAGCUGGUGCGUGGUGGCGCGGGCCGAGCGAGCCAUGGCGGCCGAGGGCUGUCCGUGCGCGGGGCCCGUCAUGGCCGCGCUACUGGCUGUCACCGCGCCUGCCAUGAGGCUCGUACAGAUGGCAGUUGAGCAGGAUAGCCGAUCAGACGAGGAGUUGCAGUCCAUAUCACUCACCGGCUACGUACCCGAGAUAAUAGGGAACUACACACAAGGAUCGCCAUUGCGAGCGUUUAGUGGCGCUUUUGGUGAUAAUAUCUGGGAAGUAUCUACAAAUAUGUUGUCAUUCGUGCUCCGGUUCACUCUGAGCGGCUUGGUGUUUUUCCUGCUAGCGGUGGCGGAGCGCGCGUACAAACAACGGUUCCUGUACGCGAAGCUGUUCUCACACCUGACGUCCGCGAGGCGUGCCAGGAAGUCGGAGCUGCCACACUUCAGGCUGAACACUGUCAGGAAUAUUAAAACUUGGCUCUCAACGCGCUCUUACUUGAGACGUCGCGGGCCACAGCGCUCCGUGGACGUGAUCGUGUCUGCUGCGUUCAUGAUAACACUCACACUACUGGCGUGCGUGAGUGCGCAACUCCUGCGGGACUCAAUAACUCUGGAGAGGGGCUGGUUGUUAGAGGCGAUGGUGUGGAGUUGCUGCCUGGGCGUGUACCUGCUGCGUCUGCUGACCCUGGGCAGCAACGUGAACAAGAAGUACCGCGGCUGUCUGUCGGCCAUCCUCACGGAGCAGAUCAACCUGCACCUGGCGAUAGAGCAGCGCCCAGAGAGCAAGGAGCAGCUGACGGUUGCUAACAACGUGCUCAAGCUGGCCGCUGACCUUCUGAAGGAGCUAGACGCGCCGUUUAAAAUAUCAGGAAUCUGUGCCAACCACUAUCUGUAUACCAUCACCAAGGUGGUAAUCCUGUCCGCACUGUCGGGGGUGCUCUCCGAGAUGUUGGGCUUCAAACUUAAAUUACACAAAAUUAAAAUAAAAUAACAAUUUUAAAUUAUUUCAUCGUAGUGUCAUAGACGUGUUAAAUUAAUACUUAAGUAGUUCAAAUUGCGUCCCAACAAAUUUUUUUUUUGGAAUGUAGCAUUUAUAGUUGUAGUUGCUUGUUAUGAUUAUGAUAGAUUUUUAUAUUAGAAAGUAGUAAAUCAAUGCGUUUUAUAAAUAAAUAUAUCAAUCAUGCGGAGAUGUAGUCAAAUAUUAUGGCGGUCACUAUGUUUGUAUUUAUUUUGGAUUCCAUUAAUGGAAUUAUCAUGAAAUUAUUAUUGUUUAUAUUUUAUUCUUAAUUUCUGCGUAGUUAUUGAAAAAGGUUCCAAGCCACAAACAUCACAUUUUAAGGAAUUCGUGUUUAAAAUUUAAUAAAUAUUACUGUACUAGCUGACCCGGCAAACGUUGUUUUGCCAUAUAAAGUACAAUUCACGCGAUAGUUUUAUAAAUAAUAGCCUAUGUGUUAUUCUGGUGUGUAAGCUAUAUUAUUGUAAAGUUUCAUCAAAAUCCAUUCAGUAGUUUUUGCGUUAAAGAGGUACAAACAUACAUCCAGACAUACAAACUUUCACAUUUGUAAUAUUAGUAGGAUUCCAUACAUGAGAGUUGGGCUACUCAGUCAUGAUGUCAUAUAAAGAGUGACAGUAGGGCUGCCAAUUUUUGUCAGUCUGAUAAUGUGAAUCACGUGACCAGUUUUGUGUUCCUAACUCAAUUUCGACAUGAUUGUGGUUUGGAACGUUUUUCUGGAAUUACGUCCAAUUAUAAGUUGAAGCUCCACUUGUUUUGGAUUAUUUCCUUUUUUUAUGUUUAUGUUUGAAAUAAGCAAUAGGUAAAAUUUUGGUGUCAUACUCAAUUAAUAGAGUAGAUUAUAAAAGUAUUUUAAUAAAAUAUUUUUUUCUGUUUCAUAAAAUACUUAUUCGAGUAUUUGACUAUUUGUAAUUUAGUUACUAUUUUUGUAAUUUAAUUAUAAUAUAUUACGAUUCUUUGAGGCUAUAAUGUAUAUCAUGUUGUUAUAAAAGUCCGUACCUACUUAUAUUGGUUAAUGUUAUGAUGUACCGACAUAAGUUGGUGUAUAGUUAUAUAGUUACAAGGGUUUAUAAAAAAGGAACGAUUAUUAAUUAUUCCUUUUUAACCGACUUCUAAAAGGUUAAAAGGAGGUUCUCAUUUCGAUCGGUAUUUUUUUUGUAUGUACACCGAUUACUCUGAGAUUUAUGAUCCAAUUCACAUAAUUCUUGAUUCUCCAUGCGGGAUAGAUUCCAUUUGGUCCCUUAAAAUUUUUAUAUAGUUUGGCUCAGUAGUUUUUAUUUUAUGAACAUUUUAAUGAAAAUUUUUGUCUAUGUGAAUGAUAUAAUUGUUGUUUGUGUACGGCUUUUUUAGGAGUUUUCAUUCAGGUUGAUUAUAUAUUAAAAUAACACUAAAAAGUAAAAAAUAAAACGUUUAUAAACCGACUUCAAAAUCUGAAAAGUAUUAAAUAACUAAAAAUUUAAUUUAAUAGAGGUCUUAUGCAAACUUUUAUCUUUAAUGUUAAUAAAAUACCUACUAUUAUUUGUAUGUGCUACAUAUGAAUAGCUUUAAAGUCGGUGCCUUGCAUGAAAGGUUUGCAUAAAAGGUGUAUUAAAUUAAAUUUUUAGUUAUUAGAUACUUUUCAGUUUUUGAAAUCGUUUUUUUAAACGUAGUUUUUUCGUGUUUCAAAGUGUUUACUUUGUUGUGUCGUAGGCGAAUCGAGUCACACGGAUUAACUUUCGAGAUUAUUUUUUUUUAUUCAAUCCAAAAUCCUCCAACCUAUGUUAACACAGAUCUAUGAUCCUGGGAUCAUAGAUCCCAAAUAUAUAGUGUAUGUAAGCGAUAUAUUUCUGGAAAUAUAUCGCUUACAUUUGUUAAUAUUACUGAGUCUGUAUUUUUCUUAUUGUUUGGUUACCUACUAACAAACAAAUUGGAUAUUUUAUUAAUUACUUGUAAUUUAUUAAAGGAAAUGUAGUAAAGAAUUGUGUUGUAACACAGAGCGAUAUUGUGUAUCUGAACAUUAUCCGCGUGUAUCGUGUUAUUCCUGUAAUGUAUAACGCUGGUACCAACCGGGACGAUAUGAUGGUUCCGGCAGUUCCUUAUUUUUCGGGAUUCUACAUUAGCAGGGUGUUCGUCUUCUUACGUAGUUUGGACUUUACUGCAUAGUAUAUACACAAUAUAGCAUAUUAAUUCAUUUAAUCUAAGACACAUUGAUCUCAAUUAUGACUCAACAAAUCUCAUUUAAAUAGAUUCAUUAACAUACCUAGGUAAUACGAAUUUUUAUUGACGGUGAUAAAUAAACUCCUGUCGUUGUUGAAUGGUUUUAUGUACCUAUAGAUACUUUAAUAAUAUAAUCUAAUUGAAAUACUUUAUUUCCUUAUCAUUUUUAUGACAGCCAUCUUGUAAUAAGGGCACUAUAUUUCACGCCAGAAGCACUAAGAUAAUUAAUAUUAUUAUUGCUGGUCCUUGGGAAAUAAGUUGUUUCGUCAGUUCCUUAUAGCAUUACUAAGAUAUGGUAGAACCUUUUUAGAACAAUGCACUGGAAGUCUUGGGCUCAAUAUACGUAGAUCAUGCUUACUGGGCAGUAUAACAGUCAUUCA